AAUCCAUCUGUCAAAUAAAAUGAUGCAUGGUAAAAGUACGUCUCUGGGCCGGCUGAAGAAGGCAGAAACUGUAAGAUAAUUUUAUGGGCGUGGUUCGUUGUUACGUUCUCGUGUUCAACAUGGCGGCCCCCAUAGAUUUAGAGCUGAAGAAGGCCUUUGCAGAGCUGCAAUCGAAAAUGAUUGACACACAACAAAAGGCGAAACUGGCAGAUCUUCAGAUCGACCAGCUCACUCGCAUGAAGAAACAUGCCAACCUGACACAUGCAGAAAUAAAAACCCUACCAGACAACACCCGCAUGUAUGAAGGAGUAGGACGCAUGUUCAUCUUGCAGUCUAAAGAAGAUAUCAACACACAGCUGACUUACAAACAGAAGACAGCAGAUGAGAAAAUUAAGGAGCUUGAGCAAAAGAAGACGUACCUGGAGCGCACUGUGAAGGAUGCUGAGGACAACAUCAGAGAAAUGCUCAUGUCCAGGAGGGCCCAGUGAGAUUGAAACACCAAUACAAACGCAUACUUUCGCUAAUUUGUGACUUCCCUCUGAUAUAAUUUGUGUAUGUUAUAACCGGCUACAGUAAACCUUAAUGACUGACCAAGCAGGUGCUGUUCUCCAUAUGAGGUUUUCUUGCUUCUCUGCCAGUACUGUAACAUCUGCCCUGUUACUUAAGUUAUACAAUCUGAAGGGACACUAUCUUCACAUUAAAUAAUCAUCUUGGACUGUGUCUUGCAAUGUCAUUUUAACUUCUCAACUUUUUUUUGUUUGUUACUGCUGCAGUUUGUUGAUAUGAUAAUAAAAAUGGGUAAUGAAACGA